AGCAGGGUUAUUAAAAUCUUGUCCUGGAGGGCCAAUGCGCUGCAGAGUUUAGCUCCAACCCUGAUCAAACACACCUGAGCAUGCUAAUCAGUGUCUUCAGGAUCAUUAGAAAAUCACAGGUAGGUGAGUUUGAUCAGGGCUGGAGCUAAACUGUGCAGUGCAUUGGGCCUCCAGGACAAGAUUUUAAUAACCCUGCUCUACAGUGAAUGGGUGCCGUCAGAAUACGAGUCCAAACAACUGAUAAAAUCGUCACAAUAAUUCACAAAUAAUCCACAUGACUCUAGUCCAACAAUUAACAUCUGGCAAAGUGAAAAGCCACAUGUUUGCUUCUGGCUCAAAUACGAGUUGUCUAUCAAUAAUGUUUUCUUCAGUGAAAAAGUUCUCACCAGAGAGAAAUAUGCACAGAUCAAGCACUGUUUGCAAGCCCCAAAACUGUUCUAAACAAAGAUAUUUUUAGAUUCUGAUCUCACAUUCUGAUGGCACCCAUUAACUGCAAAGGGUCCACUUGUGAACAAGUGAUGUAUUUCUCUAAAUCUGUUUGAAUGAAGAAACAAACUCAUCAAGCUCACGAACCGAUGAGACUUGCCGGGACGGUGACUGUCGGUCUGAGAGAUGGAAGCAGAGGAGAAUAAAAUUGCAGUGUGGGUUUGUCGCGAGGAGAAGCUCGUGUCGGGCUUGUCGAAGCGCACGAGCUGCGCGGAUGUGAUCCGGGUUUUACUCGGGGAGCAGAACCCGGGGCAGCGCGUGUCCCUCUCAGGCUCUCCUCAGUCCUACUGCAUCGUGGAGAAAUGGAGAGGAUUCGAACGGAUUUUACCAAACAAUACCAAGAUAUUGCGACUGUGGAGCGCGUGGGGAGAGGAACAAGAAAACGUCCGGUUCGUGUUGGUGAAAAACGAGGCGUCUUUACCCAGCAACGGGCCUCGGAGCGCAGAGGCGCGCGUCGUUCUCAGUAAAGAGAGGCCGUGCGUCUACAAGGGGACUGCCAGAGUGACCAUGGCUCUGUCACAGGACAAACAGAGACGGAUAGUCAGGAAAGCGUUCAGAAAGUUGGAUAAAAUCAACAAGAAGCGGGCGCAGGCUGCGUCUAAAGACUCCUCAUCCAUGGAGAAGAUGGAGACCCUUGUGCACCUGGUCGUUUCUCAAGAUCACACCAACCGCCAGCAGAUUGAGAGGAUAAAAGAGCUCGACAGGGACAUUGAAAAGUAUGAGGCCAAAGUUCAUUUUGAUAGAAUGAAGUUGCAUGGGAUCAACUACGUCCAGGACACGUAUUUAGUGGACGCCAACCCAGAUAAAGUUAGCGAGGGGGUCAAAACGAGCCCAGAAGCAGCUCUCGCCCAGUUUGAGGAAUAUGCUCAGAGAUGCGAGGAGGUCAUCAAACUGCAGGAAGAACUGUCUAAACACGAGACCCUCAUGGAGAGCAUUACGACUGAGAUUCAAGAGGAACUCAACCAGAGGUGGAUGAAAAGAAGACACGAGGAGCUCGCGAAUAAAGAGUCUGAACCCGCUUCUGAAGAGACGUCUCUAAGAGUCACAACUCGAGAAAAAGAUGCAGGACCAUCAGCGGUGAAUGUGUCUUCUGACAAUGAGUUGCUUCUGGAAGAAGAGAGGAUCAGAACCCAGCUUGACACCAGUUUGUACAUCGGUCUGCGACUGAACACCGAUUUGGAGGCCAUAAGGAAUGACUUGGACCUGACCCAGGAGAUAUGGGGGGCGAAAGAGAAAGAACUGAGGGAUUUAAUGGAGAAAGUCAACUCUUUGGAUUUUGAGGAGGACAGUGAGGCCAAUGCUGAGCUGAAAGAGGAAAACACAAUAGAAACAGACAGAUUGAUACCACUCCAGGAGGACAGUGUGUGGGUGGAGCAGGCAAGAGGGCUUUCAAAAACAUGUGACGUGAAUGAUGACGACUCAGAUACAGGACUCAGCUCAAUGCACAGUCAAGACUCAGAUAUCACACCCAUCUGCGAAUCUUUGGUGUAAAAAAAACGAAACUAAAAAAACUAAUGUUAUCUGUUGCUGGAUAGUUGAAAUUAACAAUGUAAUGUGUCUUAAUAUAACACAUUUUACAUUUGCAAACAGUAAACAAGCACAAAGCGGAAGCAAACAGGAGUGCUGGGAAAGUAGAAAGGUUCUUUGCUACAAAUCAAAAUGAAUUACAUUACCAAAUCACAUUAAAAACAUAAUUAUGCACUUAUUGAGCAGUCUUAGUCAUCUAUUUUAUUAUGUUGAUGUCUAUAAGAAUAUACGGUAGCCUAUUUCUGCCAUUGAAAAAAAAGAAUAAAAAUUGCAACAACAAAGUCAGAUAAGUAGCUAUUACCUGGUGGAAACAAAGAACAGAAUAUUGAGAUGUAAACUCAGAAUUCUGAGAUAAAAGUCAGAAUUGCAAAGAUGUAAACUUUGAUCAACUUUGAAACUAAUUUUAAUAUAAAAAGUCAUAAAGUUUUUUUUUUCAUGUUGAAAGAAAAUAGUAAUUUCGAAAUGUAAUUCAGAAUUCUAAGCAAAAACCUCAAAGAGAGGUAAACUCAAAUGUGAGGAAGUCAGAACUGUGACAGAAAUAAGCUUCCAAGACUCAGUGUUAACUUCAUAAAUGUAUUUGUGGUUAUAGCACUGAUAUUUU